CUUUUCUCUCAGCUACCCAAGAUGGCGGCAGCCUCAUCCAUCCAGCCGCCGAGCGUUCACUCUUCUCUAGCCCGGGAGAGCGCACUUUCCCCGGAGAUGGACAGCCCCGAGAACCGUCAGCCGGAGGAUGAGGAGGCGGCGGCAGCGCAGUCCUCCGAGCCGGGGAUUAGCCUCCGCGACCUGCCGGACCUGGAGCCGGAGGAGAUCGAGAAGAGGCUGGCCAAAACUCGCCAGGAGCUGAGCAACAGGAGGAAAAUCCUCAUUAAGAACCUGCCGCCUGACACCACUAAUCAGGAAGUCCAUGAAAUUCUGAAAGAAUAUGAACUGAAGUACUGCUUUGUGGACCGCAACAAAGGCACAGCCUUUGUGACUUUGCUGAACGGGGACCAGGCUCAGGAUGCCAUCCGCUCCCUCCAUCACAGCACUGUCCGGGGACGCUUGAUCAACGUCACACUGCAGCCCACCGACUCCCUGCUCUGCCUCACCAACCUGCCGCACACCUUCACCGCCCAGCAGUUCGAGGAGCUGGUGCGCUCCUACGGAAACAUCGAGCGCUCCUUCCUGGUGUACAGUGAGCUGACUGGCCACUCCAAAGGAUAUGGGUUUGUUGAAUACAUGAAGAAGGACUCUGCUUCAAGGGCCCGCUCUGAGCUGCUGGGCCGACCACUGGGGGAUCGCUCACUGAUGGUGCAGUGGAUGGAUGUAAACCAACUGAGCCAGGAGGAGAACCUGCACUCUAAGUGUCUGUGCGUUGACCGACUGCCGCUCGACCUAUGUGACUCUGAAGAACUGACGCAGCUCUUCUCUGAAACCUACAAACCUGUCUUCUGCCAGCUUGCUCAGGAUGAGGGCAGCCCAGUCCGGGGCUUCGGUGUGGUGGAGUAUGAGAGUGCAGAACAAGCAGAGGCUGUGCUGAUAGAGAUGGACCGAACACUGGUGGGAGGACAGGAGGUGCGUCUGUCACUCUGUACCCCUGGCACUUCAGGGAGAAGCACCCUGGCUGCACUCAUCGCCGCCCAGGGUAUGAUUCUGAGUAAUAGGAAAGGUCUGCUACCAGAACCAAACCUGGCCCAGUUGUUGACCAGCAUGACCAACCCUGCUGCCCUGCAGAUCCUCAUGAGACCGUACCACACUGGGAAAAGAGGAGGGAAGUACGGGCGUCACACCAGCCUGCCGUUCCUCAGACCUCCUCUCACCACAGCUCUGCUAACACUGGGAAAAGCACACCAGAGUGCUAUGCUUGGUAAUGGACUCGUCCUCCAGAACCUCUUGCAUAUGCAGCUCGCACAACAACAGCUUCUUCACAUCAAAGACAAGCGCAUCAGUAGCGUCUCUAGUCUGCUCGGGGACCCGUCCAGGCUGCUGAUGCAGAAAGCUUUGUCUCUGCGACCUCCAGGCCUUGUGCCAAUGGGGAAAGGCCUCCUGGGAGACUCCCCUACAGAGUUGGGCCAGGAGUCAGUGCCAGCAUCUACCCACAAUGCCACAGUGGUGGUAUCAGCAGCAGGUGUGAUGCCAUACCUUCAGGGUCGAGCAGGAGAACAAAACAGCACACAUUCUAUCUCCACAACCCCUUCUGCUUCCUCGUCCUCUUCCUCUUCUUCUUCUUCCUCCACCUCCUGUGACAGACAGCCUGCACCUCCUGGGACGAUGGUGAGCUCCCAUCUGCAGGGACAGAGCUAUUCCUUGGGUAUAAGUAACUCAGGCCUUGGCCCGCCUCCACCUAAACACCCUGGAGGAGUUUAUACAUCAACAGGCCAGCACAACAGCGCAGAUGGCUGCCCCCUGGCUAGCAUGGUCAGCAGUGGUCAGAGUUCUCUGUUGGGCGAUCCUCCGAAAGAGGUCAGACUGCCUUCUAAUCCUUACCUGAACUUGGCCAGUGUAAUGCCAGGGGUGGUGCUGCAAGGGUCAGUGGGGAGUAAAGCCCAGGGAGGACAGCCUGGCUCUGGGGUGUACAGCAGCUCUGUUGCUCCUGUGGUGUCCCAGGGCUCCAGCUCCUUCUCCCACAGCGCUGCAGCUACAACAACUGCUCCAUACAGUACUGAUGCCUCCACUGACUACAGCCAGUACAACCAGGCCUACACACAGGAAGCCAUGCAGCAGUGGUACCAGCACUACCAAGCAGCACAAGCUCACACCUACAAUGCUGCUGCUCCACAGGACAACACAGCCACAGACUACAGCAAGGAACACACACAGGCUCCACCAGUGUCGACCUACGGGGAUUACAGUUCCUACAUGCAGGCGGUCACUCAGUACUACUCCCAACCUGCAACAGCCAACCAGGCCUACGCCAGCAAGGAGGUCGAUGUGUGUAAGCCUCUAGGAGUCUCUCUGCAUGCAGUCAGUAACGGUGCGGCUCCUCCGCCAGCCGUCCUACCAGCCGCUGCUGUGCUCCCAGCCUACAGCACCCUGCCAUUAAUGCCUGGCUUCCUCGGGGCGCCGCACCCUGCCGCAGCCACUCCAAACCCUGUCACACACACACACACUGCUGCCACAGACUGGAACACCUACUACUAUAACCAGACAAGGGGCCAUAAGAGAGAGUAUCCUCAGUUGGCGGUUCAGGAAGUGACAUCAUCAGAUGGUGCCUACAUCGGGCAGCACUCCCAGGGCCUGGGGGGGCAGUACGCCGACUACUUUAAGAGGAAGAGGCUCUAGUAUGAACCAAACCACCUUAAAGCCUAAAGCUUAUGGAGGAAGGCACAAACAGCUUCUGCUGGAUGUCACAGCUCCCUCUUGUGGCCUUUCUCUGGCUGCCAUUUUGCAUCCCUACAGUAGGUAUCGAGUUGAAUAGAGUUAGGGUUGCAAAUGGCUCAAAUUAAAGCAAGCCAUAGUGCUCUUUGAUCCUGGCACUUAUGAACACAAACGAACACACACACACACAUACUCUCUCACACACACACACACACACACACACACUCACACUCACUCACACACUCACACAAAAAUGGUGUUGCUUUUGUCCUGUUCAAGCCUUAACUCUUAAGAUAUUGUCUCUCAGUAAAUGUGUCAACUGUACUUAACUAAUAUUAACUUAUAAAUUUUUUCUAGUAUAAUGUAAACUAAAGUAUAUUGUAUUUGUAUGUAUAAGCUGCUUUUGUAUUUCCAGCCAGGCGACCUGUCCGUCUGCUCAAACUGUCUUAGGACUGGUCUUACAGUCAGAUCUCUUCCUCUGUGACUCCUUUUUUUCAAAAGACAAAAUGGUGUUGCACAAUCCCGCUUUGAUUCGUCAGUCAAACUGACAUCUGUUUGUUCCCGCUUCAGUGUCUUCUCCUUUCGUUUUAUUGCCCAGAUUCCUCUUUUAUAUCCCCCCGCGGAGGAUUAGAAUGCGUGUGUAUACGUGUGUGUGUGUGUGUGUGUUGAUAUGCUGUAUCUGUAGGAAGUGUCAGCCAUUUCAAUCCCAAGGUGGGAGCACUUCAGGAAAAAAAAAAGGGCAUGAACAAAUCAAAGCCCUUAAUUGUGGUGACUUACAGACGCUUCCCUCAAUGAAUGAACCUUUCUUAUAGAGACUGGACAGAAAAGAAAAGGCUUGUGUAUAUACAGUGUGUAAUACAGAAUAUAUAAAGCCAUGCGUAACAGACAAUAUCAUAUAUAAUGGACAUUUCCCAGCUCUUUUGUGAGCUUAUUGUACUACAUGAAUGAAAGGAAAACAUUUAUUACAUGUCGGAUUUUUUUCAAUCUAUACUGUUAUAUAUUUGUAAUAUAAUAAUCCAAGGCGAUUCAAGUCAUUUUAUUGACAUUGAAUCAGCUGGUAUUGACUUAAAUGUAGUUAUUUGGUUUGAUUUUUAACAUUUAAGCCACUCUUCUCGGCUCUCUUCCGGCUGUAACGCAGUGGGCGGUUUUUCAGAAAGAGCUGUUUGGUCUGUAACAGGAGCUGUACUUCCAUCUCCAGCUGCCAGUAGAACAUAAAGCUUUCUGACUCUGUGUCCCAAGUCCAUACUACAUACUUUCAAGCAGGUUUUAGUAUGCAGUGUUUUUGCACUUCAUGACAGCACAUAUUUAGCGUGCUGUUGAUGCACACUGUUUUCGCUCAGUGGAAGAGUAGGAAAUUGAGGAGCUGCUCACAGAUAAUUCUGGAUGGCGGUGAAACGGCUCCAGGAGCACCACAGAAAACAAAAAGUAAAAGUUAUAUUUUUGUGAAAACACUUAGCUGAAUUGGCAGUGACAUUCCAAAGUCACAGUUUUAUGACAUUUGGGCACAUAUUGCAUCAUUUCUUGUUUGUACAAAAUGGUAAAAUAUGCACAUUUCUUGUUUAGAAACUAACUGCUAAAACCAGUAUACUAUGAAGAUGACUGUAGUAUAUCCUGUAUAAAAUUAGUCUGUAGUGUGGGAUUGGGACAGGGUCAUUAUCAUUUGAGAAUUGUCAGAAUCAGACUUUUUAGCAUGAGCAUGUUUUUGCUCAUCAGAUGCUCCUACAGUGUAACACACCUCUGCGUGUGAUGUUCAUGGGCGCUGGGAGAAUAAUUUCCACACUUUUAUGUUUUUAGGGCAAAAAGGAAACUAUUGAAACAAAAAAAAAUCUGAAUAUUAUCUUUUGCAAAAAAACCUUGUAUUUCCUCUUUUAAUUCCAUUUUUAUUAAUGCCAUUAUUACUGCUAGUGCACAGGCUGUGAACUGAAAUGUCUUUCAUGUCCUGAAGGUUUUUAUGUUCAUUAGGAGAGGGCUUGGCAUUUUAAUAUUACGGUUUGGACAUUAGGUUUGUAAUGUGCACAUGCCUCUUGUCUAACAAACCGGCAAUAACUCAAGCUCCUACUACUGUAGAACUGUUUAAUGUAAAAUGUUUUGCCGUUCACACGGCAUUAUAUUCUCCUGCGUAACAGUAAUGGCUCAUACCCUUGUUUAGUAAAAGCUCUUUUUUGUAUUUUGCUCAUAACUAUGAUUUUAUAUCACGGAGCAGAGUAUUACUUACGUCGCCAUAGCAACCACGCUCACACACUGUGAAAACCAAUAGCGGGUGAGAUCAGAUAAAGUGUACAAAUCACAUAAUAGCUCGUUGUAAACAGGAUGUGCAUGAUGUUUACAAGAGUGGAGCAUCAGUGGUAAUGUAAGAGUGGUGGUGUGCAGGUUCGCUGUUAAAUACUGAUUAAGCUAAAGGCAAUACAUCUCCCUCUAUGCUUUGUACUGCUAUUACAGUACAAACACACACACACACACACACACACACACACACACACCCCCCCUACCUUCCGGUUUUCCAUUACUCCCUUAUCUUGACUCUUUUGCUGUUUGCCCUUCAUCCAGUUACAUGUUUUCUAACUCGUGUUGACUAUGAUGUUUUUCAUGGUGUCACAGUCCUGCUUUCACUCUGUAGAAAUUCAUAUUUAACAUGUAACUAGCACGUGAUGGAGCAUGGACUCAUGAAGAAGUGAGAACAUUUAAUGUGCUAAAUAUUUGCCCAAAUACAGACAGGAAGAGGAACGCAAAGCCAAAGCUUUUUUUCAGUUCUUUGUCCUAAUAUGUGUCUGUAUGUGUGCACAUACUGUCUUUAGCAAAAUAACUGUUCUCACAUUUGCCGCACUCAAUAGCUCCCCUCCUUUUUUCUACAUAUUAAAACUGAGCUGUCAGGGGAGACUUUUUCCACUGUUUGUGGACUCAUGAAGCACAUGGACUGAUUCCAGUUUAGCCACAAACUCUGUCUGUUGUUGUGUUCAUGCACUGGCAGCUGACACGUUUGAGGGCAGACUUUAAAUUUACACAGGUGGUCAUGUCCAGCUUUCCCCACUGAUCAAUUGCGUACUGGAUUGAUCCAAUAUUUGAUUUGUAAACACUGUCAAAAUUAAUCAUGUUUAAGUUUUUCUGCCCCAUUUUUCUUCAAAAUGUCAUAGUUUCUACAUAGCAUGCCUUUCUAUUUUCGGUUUCCAUUUUAUCUGAUUGUACAAACUUGCCUUUGCACUGUUGUGGCUUACAUCCUUUCUGACAUCUGUAUGACUGUGACUUUUCUUGGCUGCGCUUUUUAAAAAUGCUUUUAUUUUGGUUAUUUAGUUUUUUUCCUAUAUCAAAAUGAAAACAAAUUGACAGAGGAAUUUUAUUUCUUGAAAGCUUGGAGCUUGAAUUCCACUGUUAUGCUGCACUGUCAGGCUCAAGCAUGUUAUAUGACUAAGUAACUUCCUUCACAUUACAGAAAAUUCAUGGAACAGAAAUUAUGUAAUUUUAAAUUAAGCUGUCCCAUGAAGUUUCUGCUUGUAGUCCAAUCUACUUUCACUGGACAUCUCUGUCUCCACUUGUGGUUCCUGCUCAGAAGCAGGCAGUUCUACACUUUCAUUGGCCUGAUCUCACCUGACUCAACUGUGACCACGUAGACACAUUUUAUGGUGACGUGCUCCUCUGCACUAGUUGGCUGUCUGGCCUGGCUCAGAGCCACUGUUUGAUUUGCUUCCCGGUAUGAGUGGAUGAGAAGUGCUCAGCUCUCUCCUCCACCUCUUUAAAAGGCAAGAUAGAAAAGUCUGUCUGGCCUGAACACACACACUCUCACAGUCUCGCAGGCAGAGACAGGACCUCUGUGUUUGUGGACGUGAACAGCUGAGGCAGCAGACUUUAGAAGUCACAGCCUACUUGUCUGUUUUCCCGUCUGUCUGUCUUCCUGUCUGUCUGUUUUCCACUCUGACUGCCUGCCACAAUAGAUUCAGGUGCUAAAGUCAGUCAACAGAUGUGUCAACCUCAUUUUCUCUAAAGCCAUUACUUUAUACAGUAUACUACUGAAGCGUGUGCGUGCGUGUAUCAAAACCGGAUUCAAGUGCUCGUAGAGACAGAUUUACACAUGUGGGACGAGUUUUGAGGAUGAGUAAAUACAGUGUAACUGACAUUUUGAAACCUCAUGUAGAGUCGUGUCACUGAACUUGAAUGAGCAGCCGUUCACUUGUAAAAAUGGACUGAGAGCAGAAGUAACUUUACUGGACUUGUGUCAGCCUGUUAGAGCCUGUUUCAUAAGUUUUAAAUCCACUUUUCAGGUUUGUCUCUGUUCUGAAAUCAACUUACAGUUGCAGGAAAGAAAGUGUGAAAUUGUAACUAAAUAGCUGUUAAUGGUGUUAAUGGUCUUGGGCUGCACAUCUCGCCUCUAAUUAACUGUUAAUUGCGCUACGUUCUUUUUAAAUCAUAGACAGAAAACUGUCCAAAUACGGAACACUGUGUGACCUCUCGAUCCGUGACUGACAAGUUAUCAGUGUAAUUAGCUUGUUAGAACAUUUGCCGUCUGUGUAGUGUUAACAGUGUGAAGACAAUAACAGGAGGAAUAUUUGUCUACAUAUUUACCAGAACAAUUCCAAAAGAAGGACAAAAGACAUUUAUUUGCUUGAACUACAAACUUGAUGAAUUGAUUUGGUCUCUGUUAAGCAUCGAAUUCUCAGGUUCAUAUUCCAUCAGACAAACGUUCCAUUGAUUUUUAGAGCUAAGACGAUUGAUUGAUUAUUUGACAGAAAAUGAAUUGGCUAGUUUUUGGUAGUCAAUUAAUGCCAAACACUCGCUGGUUCCAGCUUCUCAAAUGGGAGCACCUUUUGGCUAAUAUGAUGGAUAACAACCAAUUUGAAUAUGUCAUAAUUGGCAUUUUUUGCUAUUUUCUAACUUUUUAUAGACCCAGCAAAUAAUCAAGGAAAUAAUGAACAGACGAGUCAGUAAUGAAAAUAAUCGUCUCAGUAGUUGCAGCCCCUGGUUUUAUGUUUGGUCGUGAACGUGGAGAAGCUGCUCUGCUGUGUUUUCACUUCAGGUUGUUCAAAGCUCAUCUGGCUCAAGCCAACAGUCUAUAGCUGUGGGAUUACCUUCACAUUGUACUGUAAACCAUGUUUGCAUGUUACCAUAGCAACAAAAAGCCACAUGUUUUUGUUGUUGUUGUGUGGGGCCUUGAAGUUACUUUUGCAUUAUUUGUGUCGUCUUCUUGACUUUGUGACUUUGACACCUGCACUGUCCUGCCGCUUCCAUUUCUGAGAAAAAUGACGAGAAUAUUUGAUGGGGUUUUUUUUUUUUCAAUUUACUUUGAUUUUUGCUUUUCACAUGUACAUCACAUGUACAUCACAUGUACAUCACAACAACACCUAUACAAGUAGAUUUUAUUAACAUCAAGUUUUCCUGUACCUUCCACUUUUAGAAAGACAUGACAGCCACAUACUGUGUGUGUGUGCUGGAGCCAGAAACCGUUGGUGAGCGGCACAUUUUUACAUUAUUUCUGUGAGAGUUCAGACUCAGCCAAACAGCUGUAGAUGUGAGUUUGCACCAAAUAAGAAAUUGAUGCUCAGAAGAUGUUCUCACAUGUUCACCGCUCUCACACUUUGACCUACAGAUUGAUUACAGCCUCUAUUUGUCACUCAAUAGUUUUAUCGAGUCUGAACUUUCUUCCGUUACUGAAUCGCGGAUUAAUGAGAGUUGAACUGGUGUUUACUUGGGCUGGUGCUCUGUGUAGUAAUUGUAGCUGAGUGUGUGUGUGCGCGCAUGUGGAGCUCUCUAAAAAUGUACUGCUCCUGGCAGGUAGUGGCAGUAAGGAGAGACAGGCUGAAAGACAGAGGAAUGGAAAAACAACUCCAGCUGCCUUCAGCCUGCAGGGAUUUUUUUUUUGUCUUUCUCCUCUUCUUUCUGCUUGCUCAGUGAAGAGUGUUGGUUAUGUCUGCCAGAGUCCUGCAUCUUGCACGCACCUGUAGAGCUGACACACACACACACACACACACACACACUCCAACACACAGGAAAUGUCUCUUCUCCUGCUCUGGUAUUAGUAUCAGAUGGACUCUCACAGACCAUUUCUCACCUCCACUCUCACAGCUCUCCUAGUGUGAUCCAAAACUAGUUGAAUAUGUUAUUAAGCUCAUGUUUUUUUUUCCUUAUUAUUGUCUGUCCUGUGGAGUAAAUUGUCCUUCCUCUCCAAUAUCAACAGAGAAAACAAUCUGUGUCUGCAUUUUUACCGCAGGCCAACUGACAAACACCAUUCCUCCCCCACUGGUGGAGAGAUAUCUGACAGCAGUCUAAUUGUAGACGCUCGGAUACAAACACAUAAGGUCACAGUUGGCAUCAAACCUCCAAAACUGUCAGUCACGGCAUGUUGUGAAUGUGGCUUUGUGCAGAAUAAUCCCACAAAAUCUGCAUCAAUCACAUUUAUAGGACAAGGCUGAUGAUAUUGUCGAUUUUUUCAUUGUCAACAAAUCCCAUGAAAAGACAGAAUCCAACAAUGGGUUAGUCUGUCUCUGAACGCUUUCUGACUUCCUGUUUCUAACAUGAUUUUCAGUCCCAAACCCAUUUUUCCUAUUGAAGACAUAAAUCUUCAAAGCUGGGUGCUGUAGAUUUUAGCAGAGGUUACUCAAAUGGGGAAUUGAGGCAUUUUCCAGGGACUAUUUUCACCUGCGGAUUAAUCUACAUUUGUGCUUUAGUGAAUAUUUACAGCAGCAGAACAGUGUUUGUGGGAUUGCCUCAAAAUAGACUAAAAUACCCACAUUCAGGUGAGCUGUGGCUCACUGAGCUGUUAAUAGUUUUUGGACAUCAGCGCUCUAUGGCAGAGAACAAUAAGAUCAAUCAGACUUGGCAACACUUGUUAGUAGAAUGAUGGUUUAGAUCUUUUCAUAUGAUUUGUUGUCAUUAAGAACAAUACAGAAUUACACUAGUUUUCUCUAAGUAAAGUGCCUUUGGGUUACAUGAAAGGCACUUUAAAUCAAAUUUAUCAUUAACAUAAUUAUCAACAUUUUCCAGUCAGUUACACAUCAGUACACACUUUAGUUUCUGUGACUGGUCAUACGCCGUGUCUGAAGUCUGUAUUGGCAUGAAAAAGCUUUCCUCCAUGCCAGAGGGCUCAGAGGAAUGUGAUUGGCUUUUACUUGAAUUUGUAGGAAACAGCAGGCGUAUCCUCAGUGGGCCUGUGUCCCCCCGAAACCACUGCAUGCUUAUUUGUUAGUGAGGAACGCAGGUUGUUCUUUUUAAUUUAUGAGUUUACGAUAUUGAUCUGGUGAGCAGUUGUGUGUGUGUGUGAGUGAGUGAGGGUGGUCAUCAAAAACAUCCCAUGAACUAGAUCAAUAAAAACAGCUCCUGCAGAAUGUAAAUCGGAGAAUCGUUGCUGAAGUCUAGGUAAAAAAAAUACCACAAUGUAAAAUGACUCCAAUACAAGUAAAAGUUCUUUUAAACUUCAUAUAUGUACUUGAGUAUAUGUAAGUAAGUAAAAAUGUAUUUAUACAGCACCUUUCACAGAUAGAAAAGAUACAUAUUUACAUCCCACCACUGAUGUAUACACUUAGACUUAUACACUUAGACUUCCUAGUAUGGAGAAUAACAUAUCGCUGGGAGCUGCACAGAUAUCGUAUCUCUUGAUUUUCAGCCACCUCUUGUGGUCCUCCUCCUCUGAUGGAUUCUGAUCAGUUCAUGGAGAUGGUUUAGUUGUUCACACAUGAUAGCCGGUGGUGGUUUGACCUCUUCCCAGCUGAUGAUGUGACGGGUUUUGGUCUCUGUGACGCUAGACAGUCUCAUUUGGUGGUGGAGCUGGAAACACCUUCACAGGACACAGAACCUGAGUUGGGACACAGCCGACGUCAAAUGUGAUGACAGUCUUGACACUUUUUGUCGCUUCCCACUUUGCCUAUUUUUUUUUUUUUCUCUUGAUAACUUGUGCCAUCAAGUCAGAUUUGUCAAAUGAUCAGCUUUUCUUCUUUCACCCUCACGUGUCCUAACAUGCAGCAUUUUUCUUAAAGCAUCUUUCUGCCUGGUUCUGCUCCACUUUAACAAAGAACUACAUCCAAACGAUGGAUGUAUCAUUUCGGACUCGAACUGAUUUUGCAAUAUUAUCUUUAAAGCUGCCUCCCACAGUUUGAGUAUGACGUAUAGAAUAAAAAUUACUCUACAACUGGGGAGAUAAUUUUUUUUAUGUGUGUUGUCAGUCACCUGUGUAGACGUCAGGCCCUUUUGUUCUACUGAGGAAUGUUUUUUGAGCGGUCAGACUGAUGGAGAAAUGGUUUUAUCUCUUUAGUUUCUGUGCCUCUUGGUGCCACUAAGACGUGAUGUCCUCAUGAUGAUUGUACACAAUAGGGGCCCGGCUCCCUGAAAAUAACAGCACAAGUAAAGCCUGCAUGUGCACACGAGCUGAAGGAUGUUCUUGAAUCUCAUAACGUUGGUGAUCUUCACCUGUCAGUGAGCCAGCUGCAGUUUGCACCUCAGAGAGUUCAGGAUCAAUUCUGUUGCUGUGUAAAUGCAGCUUAUGUUUUUUCUUUUGGUCUUUAGUUGUUAAUAGAACUAUGAUACUCACAUGAAAGUCGGUUUCAUUUUUUUUUUUUAGAGUGUUCAUUUAAACCAGAACAGAAAAUCUUAUUUGGAGUCUUGUGUAGUUUGGUUGUGAUUUUUUGUUUGUUUGUAGGAUUAACACAAACACAGCUGAAUGACUUCAGGUUAAAAUCCAGAUUUUUCUGUUCUUGUGUAAACGGAGCCUCCUCUAAGCUUCAGUGUGCUGCCAUUGGACCAGUAUGAAAACUACUUAUCAGUGGUGAGGCUGGACUUUGCAAUAUUGAAUGAUGAAUCACUCAUGGUGUGUGUGUGUGUAUGUGUUGAUCACAAAGCUUUGCAAUACUGAAGUAUAUCUGAUUUUCUGACACUUUAAUGGCUGUAGAUAAAUCUAGAUUUGCUGUGCUUCUUGUUUUGUAAAGUUUUUCCUUUUCAAGUAUGUGGAUUUUCUUCUGACCUGAAAUAUACUGUAGAUUUUGCAAAAUUUUAUAUCACACUGACAUUGAUAUUGUUUUACUGUGAAUAAGGUAUUUCUAGAGCAAUUUUAGCAUGCCUACUUAGAACUGUAAUAUAUAGAACAAAUUGUUUUCAGUAAUAAUGAUAAUAAAAAUAAUGAUAAUAAUAAUAAUGAUACUGCAUUUGGACUGACACACAGAACACAACAAACAUUGAUUUUAUUUAUUUUUUCAUUGUGUAUUUAUGGAUACUUUUACCUUCCAUAAUUCAUACUUUGGUCUUAUAUUUUGAAAAAUAUAUUUCUUUUCUCUUAUUUUGAGCAGAAGGAAUUGUCUUUUACAUUCCUAAAUAAAAUGUGGACUGAAGCUCAA